AUUUGGUUAUUUUCAAACUCACAGGGUGGCGCUCAGAAAUAGGGAAAUGGAGAUUGGAAGAUGGUGUUCACCGGCGUCGGCGUCGGCGUAUUUUUCGUCCUACUCUAUUUCUCCAUCCCUCCGCCACCGCCUGGUCGAGUUCGUCCUCCACGCGACGUCGCAACUCCAGUGUCGUCCGAUUAUCAAGUACACCGCUUUAACUUUCUUUGUCGAUCGAUUCCUACCAUCGCUUUGCAGGAAAGCCCCAUCGUUGGAGGAGAAGGAUGGUGGGAGCUGGCUUCUUCGACCUGUCAGGGAGAGCAAUUUGCAGCUCUUUUCCUUGGCCUCGAUUUGGAUUUCCAACAAAAUUCAUGAUAGAAGCCCUCUUUCAGUGAAGAGUCUGAAGGCUUUGGGUGAUAAGCUUAUUAUUGACCAGCAUUUUACCACUAAGGAUUUCGUCGAAGCUGAGUUGGUCUUCAUGGAGGUGUCAGGAUAUGAUAUUGGAGCUUCAAAUAUUGCUUUCAAUUUUUUAGAGGAUCUGCUCAUCCAGUUCAGCACACUUUCGAAGCUAGGUGAGCAUGUAAGCCUUGAUGCAUGCAUAGAUAUCCUAGAUCUUCUGUAUGAAACAGAAGAAACUUCCAUGCUUUUCACGUCUCCUUGUUUGCUUGCAUCCGCUGUCCUUAUUGCUGCAUAUGUCAUCUGUGUUCCUAAGCAAUGUUGGGAGUUUCCACUUAUUCCUUGGGAUUUUGAUUUACAGUCAAUUUGGCAUUCAUAUUGUUUACUCCAUGGGAACUGGUGCAAUGGUGUUGUUACUUGUGCUCCAACUCAAAGCUUAUUGUGAAGUAAUUGUGUCAGAUUUCUUUGAGGACAUUCUCUAAGAUUUCGGUUACUUUAGGAUCAGCAUUGUUCCAUUCUAAAGACAUGUCAUUUGAGCAUAAGAACCACAGAUUUUGUUUUUUACCUGUAGGUAUGAUUCAUUAUGUAAAACCUCAUGUAACAUACAACCAAUCUUUCUGUAUCAGAAUUUAUUCCAUCCCUUGCUAGAUCAUAAAAGGACAGACAAUCAAGGGCAUAGAAAAGUCUAUAUAAACUUGGAGAUGUUUUAUGGUAUCUACAAGAUUUCAAUUAAAAUUUCACUAGUUCUACAAUAAGCAUGUAUGAAUAUGGAAAAGAAAAAACCUGAUUUCAACCUUGUUUUUUCAACUCAAGAAUGGGCAAUGAUGUAAGUGUACUCAUUGCCCCUUCACACUACCUCGAAAUCUGUAACUCACUCUAGAUAAAGCUGAAUAACUGUAAAUUCAAAUAAGAAAUGAACAAAUCACAAACGUUGGUUAAUUUAUUUUCAUGUAAAAACGUCUGUACUUAUUUUCACUGGAAAGCUAGGCCUCGGUUUCAUGGCAAAGUGACGAGUUAUUGAAAUGGCAUCUGAUGAUGUAUUGUAUAUACUCCAUUAAGUUUUGCCUGAUGCAUGUUCAGUGCAUUAUCUUUCAUUGUACAGUAUAUAUGCAAAUAUGCACGGUCCAUUUUGUAUAUGAACCAUGUUCGGCUACAGUUAUUGUUAAUAUGAUUUGCACUUUGGUUAAUAUUUUAUUGCCAUUUGAGA